AUGCGCGACCAAACUCUCUUAGAAGCUGGAUAUGAUGUAGCUAAAUUUAUUGCUCGUCAAAAGUACAUGGAAUUAAGGGGUGGAGAGCUCCAGGCAAUAUUGGAUCAAUGUACAGAUCCAGCUGGCACUUUUGCCAAACGACAUAAUAAAUGGUUGGAAAAUAGUAUAAGCAUUUCUGAGAAUUGGAAAGGCAUGGUUAAGCUCCCAGAAAACCAGAUUUCUAGCGGAGCAUUCGUGGAUGCGCAUCGAAGCUCACCAGAAAUGGCCAAAAUGCUCAAGGAAAGUGCCGAGGCAGGAGUCGAGGUAGAGGCUGAGAUUGAUCAAGGUGAUGAUGUUUCUGAUGGUCAAUCGAUUGAACAAGUGAUAAGUGAAAAUCUGUAUGCAGAGUACGAGCGUAAUCAGGAACAUUUUCGUUUCAUUUUGGAAGAAACACAUCAUCGCAAAGCUGCAAAAACCCAGCUUUGGCUCUGGGUGUCAAAUGAUAUUGAACGUUUCAGGGCAGAAUUGCGAAGGGACAUUGCGAAAAAUGGCGGCGACCCUGGUCGUGAAACCAUGCUCGGAUUCUUCGAAGAAUGGUCGGCUUGGAAUGACAUGAUCAUCGGAAAUGGUUGUAAAUUGUUUCGAACAGCGCGUCAUCCUGAGUGUUACUUGAUCUUCUCGACUCUUCAGUUUGCAAUCAAAGACAUGGAACAUCGCCUGAGCAUCAUUGGAGAAGCUCAUUUAUAUGGCGAGGAUGGCGACCGUGCGGCUGCGGAUCAAGCAUAUCGGACCUACCCAAAUCCUGAAGACCCUGCGGCUUCUGAUAUAGUAUUUGCCCAGGAAAUCGCGAGGCACUUGACGCUACCAUAA